AUGGUUCUAGGAUUCCCUAAUCGAUGCUGGGCUGGUCACCUGAUUCCCAUGGUACUAGGGUACCCUAAUCCAUUCUGGGCUGGUCAUCUGAUUCCUAUGGUUCUAGCGUACCCUAAUCCAUGCUGGGCUGGUCACCUAAUUCCCAUGGUACUAGGGUACCCUAAUCUAUGCUGGGCUGGUCACCUGAUUCCUAUGGUUCUUGGAUACCCUAAUCGAUACUUGACUGGUCCUCUAAUUCCUAUGGUCCUAGGGUACCCUAAUCGAUGCUUGGCUGGUCAUCUAAUUCUCAUGGUUCUAUGGUACUCAAAUCCAUGCUGGGCUGGUCACUUGAUUCCUAUGGUUCUAGGGUACCCUAAUCCAUGCUGGGCUGGUCACCAGAUUCCCAUGAUUCUAGGGUACCCUAAUCGAUGCUGGCAUGUCCCCUGA